AUGUCUUUCUCCUUAAUCUCCAUUGCCUCCAAUUCAUCAUCUCCACUCGUCAGAAAGCUUCCCAUAGUCUCCGAAUUUUAUUCUUCAUUCUCUGCCUAUCCAUUCGAAUACUACUUCCAUUAUCAUUCCUCUUCAACUAAUUUUAGGAGCACGACAAUCCAUUCUCAUCUUUCCACUUCCUUUCGUCCAGUUAACUCUAUAUCCAAUUCAUCUUCAUCUGCUGAAGAUUACAGUUUGGUGGACAUUAGUAGUCCCUCUGCAUCUGCAGCUGAUGAUGAAUUAGGAGUCUCUGAUUCUGAUGAUGAGAAAGCCCAUCAAGAACAUGAAAUUCAAACAACCUGUUCUUAUUCUUCCUCUUUGCCUGAUAGAUGGCAUGUCUUGGGACUCGGCCAAGCUAUGGUGGACUUUUCUGGUAUCGUUGAUGAUGAAUUUCUAGUUAGACUCGGGUUAAACAAGGGAACGAGGAAAAUAGUGAAUCAUGAAGAGAGGGGUAAAGUUUUACGAGCCAUGGAUGGAUGCAGCUACAAAGCUGCUGCGGGUGGUUCUUUAUCUAACACGUUAUCGGCCUUGGCAAGGCUUGGCGGUCAAGCACUCAAUAUUGCCAUGGCAGGCAGUGUUGGAAGUGAUCCACUCGGUGGAUUCUAUCGAUCCAAGCUCCAGAGAGCAAAUGUGAAGUUCCUCUCAGCACCGGUGUGGGAUGGAACAACUGGAACUGUCAUUGUUCUCACAACUCCCGAUGCUCAACGGACCAUGCUCGCAUAUCAGGGCACAUCUUCACGGGUGAACUAUGAUCCUUGCUUGGCGAGUUUGAUAUCCAAAACUAGUAUAUUGAUUGUCGAAGGAUAUUUAUUCGAAUUUCCCGACACGAUUAAAACUAUUGCAAGGGCAUGUGAGGAGGCCCACAAGUGUGGUGCUCUGGUUGCCAUCACUGCUUCUGAUGUCACUUGUAUUGAGAGACAUUAUGACGAUUUCUGGGAUAUAAUGGCAAAUUAUGCCGACAUCAUCUUUGCGAAUAGUGAUGAAGCCAGAGCCUUUUGCCAUUUUCCCUCCGGCGAAAGCCCUGUUUGUGCCACGAGGUACCUGAGCCAUUUUGUUCCUUUUGUCUCGGUUACAGAUGGCCGUAAAGGUUCUUAUAUCGGUGUAAAAGGAGAAGCUGUUUACAUUCCCCCAUCUCCUUGUGUACCGGUAGAUACUUGUGGAGCUGGCGAUGCCUAUGCAUCUGGCAUAUUGUACGGUUUAUUACGUGGAGUUUCUGAUUUGAGAGGUAUGGGCAGUUUAGCUUCUAAAGUUGCAUCCAUAGUUGUUUCGCAGCAAGGGACCCGGUUGAGGGUAAAAGAUGUUGUGGAGUUAGCCGAGUCAUUUUUAUUCCAUCAUGAAAGUUCCACAAUGUCGAGUUAG